GUUGAAUUAAAACGCAAACAACAGGAAUUCUGCAGAUGCUGGAAAUUCAAGCAUCUCACAUCAAAGUUGCUGGUGAACGCAGCAGGCCAGGCAGCAUCUCUAGGAAGAGGUGCAGUCGACGUUUCAGGCCGAGACCCUUCGUCAGGACUAACUGAAGGAAGAGACCAAGUGUGAUGCUGGAACAGCCAUAGCGGUUUCCUUCUCCAAGAUGGCAGCUUUCUGGUUGUCCAUUUGUCUUCUUCCUCUCUGGACUGUCCUUCCUGUCACAGCUGCUAAACCAUGCAAGGCCAUGAGUUUCGGUUUGAGCUCGGUGGUUUGCGUCUGCAAUGCGGCGUACUGCGACACAAUGGACCCGGUAGUGGUACCCAAGAAAGGCAGUUACCUUCUGUACGAGACCACCAGGGCUGGUAAGCGACUUGAGAGUGAGACGGGGAAGAUGCUGCCAUCUGCCAAACACUCAGGGCUGCAGCUCACUCUGGACGUGCAGAAGAAGUACCAGAACAUUAAAGGAUUCGGAGGUGCCAUGACAGAUGCUGCUGCCAUUAACAUUCUCUCCCUCUCCCCUGGUUCGCAAAGAAACCUCCUGCGAUCAUACUUUUCUGAGGAAGGAAUUGAGUACAACGUUAUCCGAGUGCCGAUGGCAAGCUGUGACUUCUCCACACACGUGUACACGUAUGAUGAUCAUCCAGGAGACUUGGAUCUGCACAACUUCAGUCUGGCAAAGGAGGACACAGACAUGAAGAUCCCGCUGAUCCAGACAGCCCAGAAGAUGUCCAGGCGUCCUCUGUCCCUGUUUGCAAGUCCAUGGACUGCGCCGGCCUGGAUGAAGACCAGCAACUCCACGAUUGGAAAAGGGACCCUGAAGGGGAACCCUGGAGGGCCGUACUACAAGAGCUGGGCCAACUACUUUGUCCGGUUCCUGGACGAAUAUGCGAAGCACAACGUGACGUUCUGGGGCGUGACGGCGCAGAACGAGCCCACCACUGGAUUCAUAGAGGACUACCCUUUCCAAUGCAUGGGCUUCAAUCCCGAGCUUCAGCGAGACUUCAUCGCUCUCGACCUGGGCCCUGCCUUACACGCCAGCCCCCACAGCAACGUGAAGCUCAUGAUCCUGGACGACCAGCGCUUGCUGCUGCCGAGCUGGGCAAAGAAGGUACUGGCAGACAAGCACGCCGCUCGGUAUAUAGACGGGAUCGCGGUGCACUGGUACCUGGACCUGGUAGCUCCUGCGGACAUAACCCUGGGCACCACUCACCAGCUUUUCCCUGAGUUCUUCUUGUUCGCCACGGAGGCCUGCAACGGGAACAUACCCUGGAACUCGGUAGUGGAGCUGGGGAGCUGGAAGCGAGGUGCCAGAUACAGCCAGGACAUCAUCGAGGACCUGAACAACUUUGUGACUGGAUGGACGGACUGGAAUCUUGCCUUGGACCUUCAGGGUGGCCCGAACUGGGUGAAGAACUUUGUUGACAGUCCCAUCAUCGUGGACCGCGCGAAAGACCUGUUCUACAAGCAGCCCACCUUCUACCACAUGGCCCACUUCAGUAAGUUUGUUCUAGAAGGCUCACAGAGGGUCGGCCUCGAUCUCAGCAUGAAGACCGAGCUCAACACGGUGGCUUUUCUUCAGCCAGAUGGGACUGCAGUUGUCAUCGUGCUGAACUGGACCCCCAAUGAUGUUGACUUCCUGAUCUGGGAUCCAGAGAACGGCUACAUCCGAGCCCAUUCCCCUGCCGACUCUAUCCAGACGUAUCUAUGGAAACGGCAAUGAGUGGGCCAGAUAUAAAGAAUCUUCCUGAUGCACGGUGACAUUCUAGGAAGGGGUUUGCUCGGGUCUGUCACACUGCUGUCAGAAAGACCUGUUUGAUUCACUACAGCAAGUUCUUUCCUCUUGAAAGCUAAUUGCCAAGCUCGACGAACACCACAUCAAACUCUUCCAACCUGAGCUACUAAUCCUUCACCACCACACUAAAUAUUCUUUUUUUCCCCCUAGGGUGUCUAAAGCAAGCAGUGAUAGGUAUAAGGUGAGGCGCUGGAGCUUUGGAGGGCUCCUAAAGGGGAGAUUUUUAUUUUCAUACAGAAUUCAAAUGUGCUGUGUGAAGAUAUGGCGGAGGCAGGUAAUCACAUUGCACUUAAGUCUGAAUUGCCGAAGAAUAGAAGGCAUGUAAAUGAGACUUGUGUAGAUAAGUUCAGCAUGGAUAUGAUGGCCUGAAGGGCCUGUUUCUGUGCUGUGCACACCUUCUCUGUUCAGAGGUCAUUAGAUCCCUGCUGGGCUGGUGUGAACUCGCCGGUGCCCUCCCCUCAGCAGUUAUAUUUUGCAUUUAGAGCCAAGUUUCAGGUUAAUCAUGAUCCUUUGGCAUAAGGACUAAUACACCUGUUCAAUAUCGAUGCCUGUUUGUAGCCGGGACUUGUAUAAGUACUCAAAGACCUUUGUCAAAUUGUGCACUUGAGGGGUUGUCUCACAUUGUGUGUAACAUCUUUAUGUAUUUUUUCCAUAUUUACCAAUGCUUUUUAAUUUCAAGAAAGAUGAUUUGAUAUUAAAGUUACUGUUGGACAGUGCACAUUUAAUCAAAAGCCAUUUGCCUUCGUUGCAUAUAUUUUACGUUAUUAGAGUGUAUCACGGUGUUUAAAUUAAUUAUUGUCCGGGUUCGAUAUAGCCAACUUGCUCGGAGUCUGCCCUUCUUCCCAUGAUGCAACGGGAGGCUCACUUCCCUUCAUUCCAUGGUGCAAAGAAGCUUUGUUUCCCUUCCUCCCAUGAUGCAGAGCAGUGCACAAUCCUUGCUUUUUAACAUUUC